AUGCAGACUGGUUUUCAGCUGGCUGCCGUGCAUGGCAUGCUUUACACGGGUGGUAAUGUUGUUUUCGCCCCCGAUGAUUCGAUCUUGUAUUCCCCGGUGAACAACUACAUCUCGGCGAUUCAGGUUCGCCAUGAGGGGCACCGCUCCUACACGUGUAGCAACAGCAACAUCCAAUGUUUCGACGUCUCGCCGGAUGGUGACCUUCUCAUCGUCAUCGGCCAGCGCGGCCUCGGGUUCUUUUUUGGUGUCUCUUCGGAUGUGGUGCUCGAUACCAUUUCAUUUCCCGUUAGUUGUUCUGUCAACCGGGUCAAGUUCAGCCCCUGUGGUCGCUACGUCGCGCUUGCCCUGGAGAAUACCUUGCAGAUCUAUACCACCCCCGCGAAGCGAGUGGUGACCUACCACGGCUGCCACCGCGUUGAGAAUCUGCACUCCGUUCUCUCGCGUCCUAUCUCGUCCAUCGAGUGGACCCGGGAUAGCGAGCACCUCCUCCUCAGCGGCGAGGAUGCCCGGAUGAAGAUCGUACCGCGCCAGGCGAAGCUGCGGGUUAAGGGCGCCGCACUCCAGCAAAACGCCCUUAUUGGGCACCGCAGUGGGGUAGUGGGGGCGUGGUUUACCGAUAGUCUGGACUGCCGCCGGGUUGUCAGCGUGUCGAGCGAUAACGUCGCGAUAACCUGGCGCCAGACAACGGUGACACGGCGGGAGGUGCUGCAGGAUAUCGCGAUCGCGCAGCUUCGCGCCCGCGUUAAGGCCGAGAAGGAAGAUGGAUCGGAUAGCAGUGAUGUCGACAGUGAUCCGGACGACGAGGGGAAGGUCCCGCUGAGCUUUCUGGAGCGGCAGCGGCUGGAGCAGCUCAAGCUGGACGGGGUGCGUGUGUCGGCAGCGGACGAUAGCGGUCUUCCCGAUAUCCUUUUGUACAGCUACGAGAUCGACAAAAAGUUCAUGCUUACUCAUAAGGGCAACAUCACCGUGGCGGCCUUCCAUCAGCCACGGGGGCUCGUUGCGAUUGGCUACAACAGCGGUAUCUUUGCCAUUCACUCCACUGAUAUCUCCGAAGAAUUCCCCCUCGUGCACUUACUCUCAAUAUCAGCGCAGUCGCUGACCGCGGCGGAGUUUUCGCGCGACGGUGCCUUCGUGGCCUUUGGGAGUGCGCAUCUCAAGCAGCUCCUGGUUUGGGACUGGAGCGCGGAGUCCUAUGUUCUAAAGGAGCAGUCCCACUACUACGAUAUCACUCGGACCGUGAUCACCGCCGACAGUAAUUAUAUCAUCUCCGGGGGCGACGACGGCAAGGUGAAGGUUUGGCGGGCCACAUCAGGCCAGUGUGUGGUGAGCUUUGUGGAUCACACCGCGCCCAUCACCGGGAUCGUGACGAGCGCGGCCACAAAUGCCUUUUUUACCUCCAGCCUCGAUGGUACGGCGCGCGGUUUUGAUCUUGUGCGCUACCGCUGUUUCCGAACCUUCACACCGCCGCUGACUGAAGUCCAAGGCCAGCUUUCCUGCAUUGCGGUGGAUCCCUCCGGUGAGGUUUUGGCCGUGGGGAGCAGCCAUCAAAAUAAAAUAUUCCUCUUCUCGGUGCAAACCGGACGCGUCAUUGACGUUCUGCAGGGCCAUGAGGCGCCGAUCGCUUGUUUGGCAUUCCACCCAUCAGGGACGACGCUGACCUCCGGUUCACUUGAUCAUAAUUUAGUGUUUUGGGACCUCUUUAACAGUAACUCGGGCGGCAGCCGUCUAAAGGGCGAUAGCGAAGUACUCGACAUAGGGACCGAGGUUCUGUGUGUGACCUACAGCUUUAGCGGUCGCUACAUGGCCGUUCUUACGACAAAGCAGGAAAUUACCGUCUACGAAACCACCGUUCCGACGGAGCCGGAGCUGAUCAAGACCUUUCAGACCUCCUUCGAUGCGGCGGGAGGGUGGAAGAAAGACUUGGGCCCGCGGAGCGCCAACUACAACGCGAACUUCACCCGUAUUGCCUUUUCCCCGGAGGGGGAGAAGAUCAUCGCGGGCGGGGAAUCCAAGUGGUUGGCGUUAUACCACGCGACGCAGGGCUAUGUGUUGAAAAAGUGGCCCAUCACUGCCAAUCUUGAUAUUCACGGCGCCGAGGAGCAGUACCAAUGGCGCCGUAUGACCGAAGGUGGCUUUAUCGAUGACAUCGAUGUCGACGACGACGAUGAGCACCUCAUGCGGCGUAAGAUAAUGGAGAUGCCAGGGAGUCGUAACCGGCAUUUCGCGACGGGCAAGCGCAAGACGGAGCUCGUGGCGCGCUGCAUGGACGUCUCAUUCGCGCCAACCGGGACGUCUUUUGUGGCCGCCACGACAGAUGGCCUGCUGGUCUUCUCCACGCUUGUCGCCCGGCCACGGUUUCAUCCACUUCAGCUGCUGGACGCUUCGGUGACUACCGAGCAGGUGCGGGCCCAGCUCGAGGGCGGCCAGCCCGUGCUGGCGCUGAUGGGCGCCCUUAUCCUGGGGGAUCGUUUACUGGGGAUCGAGUGCAUGCGCAGGCUACCACGGGAGGCGAUCCCCGUCGCCGUCACGUCGACACACUCGGCGGCGUUUCCACUGCUCAUUCAGUGGGUUAGCGAAGAAGUUGAAAAGAGUAAGGAGCUGGAGCAUUCUUUGCUUUGGGCCCAGUCUUUGCUACUGCACUCUAACGAGGGGCUUAAUACCAAGGUCAUGGUCAGCGCCUCAACCCACAUUCAGGACCAAAGCACGAAGUUGUUGCCGGCAUUAAAGACGUUGUUGAAGAGCAUAAGUGAACAUCGUCUGUUGUCUCAACUCGCACAGGAGAAUUAUUUUACUCUGAAGUAUCUCAUGGAUGCUUCGCGCGUAAAGCGACAGAAUAUUAACACGAUGUUAGAAGACCCAAAAGAGAAUGCGGAUUCUUCAGGCUAA